AUGAGUUCAGAAGAAACUAAUCAAAAAGAAAGCAGUGAUGAAGAAUUCAAAGUAUCAAUUCAAAUUCAAAAAGAUGUGGAUGAGUUCCUUGAAACUAACUUCAAUUCAAGCCAUUCGAUCGAAACUAAAGAAAUCAUCAACUUAACUCAAAUCACUCAAACUUUGGCUAAUCAUUUAAGAGAUUUAAGAUUGAGAGAUUCGAUCGGUCAAAGUUUGGUCAUACCACACACUUUAAAGCUUUUAAGAAGAUUAAUAACCGAAUCGAAUUUAAAACCAAAUGAUCAGAUCAUCGAAGCAAUAGAACAAUUAAUGAGAGUCAUAGGAAACUUGGUUCAUACUCAUGAUAUUAAUCGAUCGAAAUCUUUAUCGUUUGAUGCUUCUAAAAUUUUUUAUGAUUUGAUUAAUUUAGAUUAUUUUAAGAAUCUUUCAAAUUUAGUUAAUCUUAUUCAACCUCAUACUCAUUGUCUUCAAAUCAUCAUUACUGUACUUUUUAAUUUAUGUUUUGAAUAUGUUCCGGCUCAUAUUGCUUAUAUUGAAGUUGGAUUGAUUAAACCACUUUCUUAUCUUGUAGAACUUAUAGGAGAAAUUCAUUUUGAAAUUCCAUUAUUAUCGAUUCGUCUUUUAGAUGAAUUAUCUUCUACAGAUGAUGCAAAACAAAUGAUGCCAAAUGAUAUUCUUCAAGGACUUUUAUCACCCACUUUUUUUAUUCAAUCAAAUGAUCUUAAUUCAUUAAAAAUCGAUCCAACUGAUAUUUCAUCCUUAAUUGAAUGUUUAAGUAUAAGUACUACGAUUUUAGAAUCACUUACAGAAACCUCUCAACCGAUCCAAAAAGCUCUCAAAACUCUUUCCAUCUCUACCCGAAAUCCCAUCAAUCCAUCAAACAAAUUAAUUAAUCCUCCUUCUGAACUUCUUAAUACAGUGGUCGGAAGACUUUUGUAUUUUGUAAGGUAUAAUGAAUUACCAAUUCAUUGGUUAGAUCAAAUCAUAAAAGAAGAAGAAGAAGAAAGUUUAAUGAAUGUGAUGAAUAAAUCUAAGGCUAAUCUUUCUAAAACUUUAAUUAAUGUGAAUGGGAUUGACCAAGAAGAAGAAGAAGAAUGGUUGAUUAGAUUACUUGUGGGAUGGGUUUCGGAAGUUGAAGUGAUUGAAAAUAGACCUGAUUUGAUGACGACUAUUGGAAUCUUAUUAGGAAAUUUCAGUUGUAGUGAUUUUAAAUCUAUAAAACUUAUUCAACAUUAUGGAAUUCUUGAUCCAUUGGUUAACGCUUUUCAAAUUUGGUCUAAUGAUGAUGAAAUUCUUGGUAAUUCAAGACCAGGUGAACAAGUUCAAGUUUUACAUUCGUUAAUUGGAUUAGCAAGAAAUUUAUCUGUUGCAGAUGAAAAUAAAGAAGGUUUGGGGAAUUCUGGUUUGAUUGAAUUGGCUUUAAAAUGUCUUGGUGAUAAGUAUGAUGUAGUUCAACCUUUGAUUGGAUUAACUUUAGGUUUCUUACGUCAUGUUUGUAAACGAAAUCUUCCUAAUGUAUUAAGGUUCAUUUCUGAACCUAAUUUAGGUUUAGAAAAAGUUAUCAAAGUUAAAAAAAGAAUUGAACAAAGGUUUAUUAAAUUAGAAGUAAUGAGAUUGAUUGCUUCUUCGAUUACUUUAAUAAAUUCGAAUCCAUCGAAUCAAAAUCAAAUAGAAGCAGAAAGUUUGAAUCAGAUUGAAAGUUUCAGUUCGAAUGAAGUGAUUGAAUGUUUGAUUGAUUUAUUGAAGAUUGGAGUUCAGAAUGAUUUAUUGUUGGUUAAUGAAGCAUUGGUUUCACUGACGAUUUUGGCUUGUAAAUAUCAAAGUGGGUUUGGUUUUGCGGUUUGGAUAGGUUAUCGAUUGGUUGGAUUACUGUUAAAGGAUGAGCAACCAAUCAAAGAAGAAGAAGAAGAAGAAGAUAAAGAAGAAGAAGGAAAAAGAGGAAUUGAUUUGGUUUUGAAGUGUUACUUAGGAUUAAAGAAAACUAAAAACGAAGAUCGAGUAAACGAAACUCAAGACCAAGAAGAUUUGAAGAUUAAAGAUUUAAAAAUGAAAAAUGAGAUGAAGUUUCAUGAGAUUAUUAAAAAGAAUUCGAUGAUCUUAAUGGAAAGUUUAAUGAAAACUUUAAGAAAUGGACCUACAAGAAUAACAAACAGAAUAGAAAAAGAUGAUGAAGAUGAAGAUCAAAAAGUCAAACAUAAUGAAGGUUUGGAAUUAUUGGAUUUGAUUAAAGAUGUUUUAAAGGGUUUAAAUAGUGAUGAAUUGAGUGAUGAAGAAAGAAAAGAUUUAAAUGAAUUAUUAAUGAUUUGA